UCGCCCCGCCCACUUGCUCCGCCUGACCCCCUCCACCGGCUCAUCUCCCGCCUUCGUGCAGACCUCCGCUGCAGAAGCUACUGUCUCUUUCGGCUCCAUUAGGUCUCAGAAAGUGAUUCAAAAUGCCAAUAACACUGGCUUACUGGGAUAUUCGUGGGCUUGCCCAGCCCAUACGCCUCCUGCUGGAGUAUACUGGGGAAGAGUACGAGGACAAAUACUAUGUCUGUGGGGAAGCUCCAAACUAUGACAAGACCUGCUGGAUUGAUGUAAAAAACAAACUUGGACUGGACUUUCCCAAUCUACCCUACUUGCUGGAUGGAGACAGGAAGCUAACACAAAGCAAUGCUAUCAUGAGAUACAUUGCUCGUAAGCACAACAUGUGUGGAGAGACUGAGGACGAAAAGGUUCGAGUGGACAUCAUUGAGAACCAGUCAAUGGACUUUAGAAAUGGGUUUGUGAGGCUGUGCUACACCAACUUUGAUGAGAUGAAGCCUGAUUACCUAAAGAUGCUUCCAAAUACACUAAAGCAGUUCUCCGACUUCCUCGGAGAUCGGAAGUGGUUUGCCGGUGACAAGAUAACUUUUGUGGACUUCAUUAUGUACGAGCUGUUGGACCAACACAGGCUCUUUGAUUCCAAAUGCCUGGACGACUGCAAGAACCUCACAGACUUUUUAAACCGUUUUGAGGCUCUGGAGAAGAUCGCUGCAUACAUGAAGUCACCAAGAUUCAUGAAGGCUCCGAUAAACAACAAGAUGGCCAAAUUUGGAAACAAAUAGUAAAUAACAGUGCCUUUUUAUGCCCUAGAAAAUUCAUGAAAAAUGUUAAUUAAUGAAACUGUCAAAUUAACACCAAAGUCAUGACUGGGGAAAGUGUCAUUUUGCUCUCCGACUGGUAGAUUUGAUGGUGUUUAAUUACGUCACAUGCCGUUUGUAAAACCAUUAAUGAUUUCAGAUUUGGGGCGGUCGGGACUAAUUUGUACUGAAACAUUUCUAAUGAAAGCACUUAUUGUUAGAAUUUAUAACCUUUUUCUUUGGCACAUUAAAGUGAAUUUUGUUCUGACUCUUUGUUGGUGUUUCAAUCUUAGCGUAAUGUCCUGCACAGCAAGUCGCAUCAAAAUGUAUCUGAUGUAGUUUAAUGCAGCACAAGAGCAGAAAAUGCAUCCGGUUCUUGAUUUUUUUUUAUUUUUUAUUUUUUGUUGUAAGUUUAAGUUUGUUUUGUGCUUUUUUUUUUUUAGUUUUUUAUGUUUAGGGGCACUUAAUGGAAGAGUACAGCAUUGCUGCUUGAGUUUGGACUGAGGUCAUGUGAUACAUGUGCCAUAAACAGUGUACCGAUUAAAGACAUGCUGGGGAGA